CCUGCAGGAGGCCUGGGGAGAAUGGCUGCUCUGUGGGGUUUCUCUGUUCUAGGACAGAGGAUACAGCUGUGGUAGAGUCCUUGAAUACUAGACUCUGUGGGCAACUCUGUCCAAAAUGUCCAUGUCAUCUCUGCUCCCUGAACCCCUCUGCAAGGACGCCAACCACAGAGAUAAAUCUGAGAAAGAUGGUACUGUGCCAGUGACAUUCCCCUGGGGAGGCUGCGGCCUGGGGCAAAUUACCUUAUAACAGUGGGUUAAUUAGAUAAGACCCAAAUUACCUGAGCAAAGUUUGCAAGCCCAGCAACUUGACAGUUUCAUGUUGUUUCAGAGGUGGGGAGGGCCGAUCUCUGGCUCAGCACAGAGAAAAUGACUUCUUGCUCCUAGGCAAGCCAAACCCACGAAUUAAGCUCUCCACUGCCCAUCUGCAAGCCCAGCGCCACGCGUAUAUAAAGGCACCUGCUGGUCCUCACCACAGCCAGAACAACCUUCCUGGGAUUCACCUUCCUCCCGUCCUUGUACUCCAUCUCCACCAGCAACAUGAGCCGCCAAUUCACCUGCAAGUCUGGCUCCGGCAACAGGGGCUUCAGCGGCUGCUCAGCUGUUCUGUCCGGGGGCAGCUCAUCCUCUUACCGGGCAGGGGGCAAAGGGCUCAGCGGGGGCUUCGGCAGCCGGAGCCUCUACAGCCUGGGGGGCGCCAGGAGCAUCACUCUCAACAUGGCCGGCGGCAGCGGGAAGAACGGAGGUUUUGGAUUUAGCCGGAACCGGGCCAGUGGCUUUGCUGGCAGCAUCUUUGGCAGUGUGGCCCUGGGACCUGUGUGCCCGGCUGUGUGCCCGCCCGGCGGCAUCCACCAGGUCACAGUCAACGAGAGCCUCCUGGCCCCACUCAACGUGGAGCUGGACCCGGAGAUCCAGAAGGUGCGCGCGCAGGAGCGGGAGCAGAUCAAGGCUCUGAAUAACAAGUUCGCCUCCUUCAUCGACAAGGUGCGCUUCCUGGAGCAGCAGAACCAGGUGCUGGAGACCAAGUGGGAGCUGCUGCAGCAGCUGGACCUGAACAACUGCAAGAACAACCUGGAGCCCAUCCUCGAGGGCUACAUCAGCAACAUGCGGAAGCAGCUGGAGACGCUGUCUGGGGACAGAGUGAGGCUGGACUCCGAGCUGAGGAACGUGCGUGAUGUGGUGGAGGACUACAAGAAGAAGUACGAGGAGGAGAUCAACCACAGGACAGCUGCAGAGAACGAAUUCGUGCUGCUAAAGAAGGAUGUGGAUGCGGCUUAUGCCAACAAGGUGGAGCUGCAGGCCAAGGUGGACUCCAUGGACCAGGACAUCAAAUUCUUCAAGUGUCUCUUUGAAGCCGAGAUGGCUCAGAUCCAGUCCCACAUCAGCGACAUGUCCGUCAUCCUGUCCAUGGACAACAACAGGAACCUGGACCUGGACAGCAUCAUUGAUGAGGUCCGCGCCCAGUAUGAGGAAAUUGCCCUGAAGAGCAAAGCUGAGGCCGAGGCGCUGUACCAGACCAAGUUCCAGGAGCUACAGCUGGCAGCUGGCCGCCACGGGGAUGACCUCAAAAACACCAAGAAUGAAAUCACCGAGCUGACCCGGUUCAUCCAGAGACUCCGCUCAGAGAUUGAGAAUGCCAAGAAGCAGGCUUCUAAUCUGGAGACAGCCAUCGCUGAUGCCGAGCAGCGAGGGGACAGUGCUCUCAAGGAUGCCCGGGCCAAGCUGGAUGAGCUGGAGGGUGCCCUGCACCAGGCUAAGGAGGAGCUGGCCCGGAUGCUGCGUGAAUACCAGGAGCUCAUGAGCCUAAAGCUGGCCCUGGACAUGGAGAUCGCCACUUACCGCAAGCUGCUGGAGAGCGAGGAGUGCAGGAUGUCGGGAGAGUACCCAUCCCCUGUCAGCAUCUCCAUUAUCAGCAGCACCAGCGGCAGCGGAGGCUAUGGCUUCCGGCCCAGCACGGUCAGCGGUGGCUACGUGGCCAAUAGCACCAGCUGCAUCUCUGGAGUGUGCAGCGUGCGUGGUGGAGAGACCAGGAGCCGGGGCAGUGCCAGCGACUACAAGGACACCCUAACGAAGGGCUCCAGCCUGAGCACCCCCUCCAAGAAAGGCGGUCGGUAGAGAGGGCUUCCCGACCUCGGAACCCCAGGGCCCCUGGAUUUGUCCUCAGCCACCCUCCUUCCCCCUCCACUGUUCCGAGUCUGGCUAGCCCUGGGCCGCCACGUGUGGUGCGCGUCCCGUAGACACCAGGGCUUCGCCAGCUUCAGCUCAUCUCUGCUCAGGUCCAGCCUGUCCCUCCCACCAACCUUUGCCUCUGUCCUCACCAUGCUGCCUGGCUUCUUGGGUCCCAAUCUGGGCUUUCUCGUCUGCUGAGCUUUGUCCCAGCUCCUGCCUGUGACAGGAGCUAGCUCUCUAUCCAAGAGGGCGACUAACAGACAAUGAACUGAGAGUGGCCAGCGGACCCGACCCCGGCACAGUCUCAUUUUGAGUGGGACCACUCGAAGUAAAGGGACUCAGUGUUCACUUUCUGCACCCAGAACCAGAGAAAAGAGGACAUGCUUGGCUUCUCCUGUAUUCUUUAAAGCCCUCCCUGUUGCAUCCUCAAUAAACCGUGCAAUCUGA